UGCAAGGAGCGUGUUUCUCUCCUUCCCAGCUCAUACAGCGGACUGACUGAAUUUACAGCUUCAGAUAAUAAAACUGGUUCCAGAGGAUCUGAAGGAUGAGUCAUCGUUCUCGAGCCCCCAGGGUACGACAACAUGUCCACUGUGACUCCUGCUACAGCCGGCGCUGCAGGGCUCGGGUGGAGGUCUCUGUGUGCUGUUCGGUCGUCCCCUGCCGCCUGCUCUGUGGAGCUGUCUUCCACCUGUGCAAAGAGGAGGAUCACCUGCUGCUCUGCCCCAAUGUCAGGGUGCCCUGCCUCAAUGCUGAGUACGGCUGCCCGGUCCACCUGACCCGCUCCUCACAGGCAGCUCACCUCCAGGUGUGUCCGGCCAGCGUGGUGUGUUGCUCCAUGGAGUGGAACCGCUGGCCAGCCAACGACGCCCAUUCUUGUCCAAACACAGAGCUGCAUGAAAACCUGCUCAAGGAAAAAGAGCAGGGGGGAUGUCUGGAUCUGGCCAUGGCUCUAAAAGACCAGGAUCACCUUUUUCACUCCAUGAAGAUGAAGAAACUGUUCCCUGAGCUGAUACAGAGUGUGAAGGAGGAGGAGGAAGAAGAAGAAAGGAAAGAGAAGGAAAGGAAGAAGGAGAAGGAGAAGCAGAGAAAGGCUGCCUUGAAGAAAGAGGCAGAAGAGAGGGCAGCUGCAAAGGCAGCUAGUGGUCAUACCUGGGUGUCGCCUAACACGUAUAGCGUCAGCAGUCCUUAUAUAAACAAGGAUGAGGAUGAGGAUGAGGAUGAGAUUGAGAUUGAAGUUGAGCGGGAGCUAACCCAGGAGGAGAGAGAGGCUAUUGCCAGGGGCUCUGGGGUGAACACUGAGCUGUUAGAAAACUAUAACGCCUGGGAGCGCAUGUUCACUAUGGAGAUGGGCGGCUGCAGGGAGGCCGGAGGAGCAUCUGUGGCGGGCAGAGGCCAGAAACCGGCUAAAGGGAGGGGUAAAGGCCUGGGCACUCUGACGGAGGAAGAUACAGAGACAGCAGAUACAUGUAUGGGUGCCACAGCAUCAAACACCUGCCAACAGGUGAGCGGCGCAUCAGCCAGCAAUCUGAAGAGGAAGAAGAAGAAUUUUGUGUACGGACAUGUGGAACCGAUGAAGAUUAUCACUGUUCGUACCUUUAAAAUCCCAUGCUCCUACUCUGCCAGGCAGGUCCGCAUCCGCAACCCUAGUUACUACAAGAGAGUGAGCAAGGCUGUGGACACCAGCGACAUAGGGGUGGCACCAGAGGAGAUGCCAGUCUGGGAGGAAGUUCAGGCGACUCUGCUGUGCUCCCUGGAGAAGGAGCAAAGGGGUCAUCUUAUCGCAGAGAGCAUCUGCACUGAUGGUCUGUUAAUAGAUGAAGGCACGCAGACCUACAGCUUCCUGUCUGCUCCUUUCCGGAGAGACACAUCGCUGGCUGACCUAACUGAUGGAAAACCUCUGGAGAUGCACCUCCAGCUGCAGGUGGAGGGCGUCACAAGCCGACACCACAAGGCCAGCUCCGCCUUCACCUUCCUCUGUGGACACACCUUCCAGCGCAGAGAAUAUGCCAAACAUUAUAAGAACAUCCACAGUGACAUCCAGAUGUGUGUGAAUGGAUGGUUCGAGCAGAGAUGCCCGCUGGCGUAUCUGGGAUGCACCUACAGCCAGAGGAGGUUCAAGCCCUCCACACAUGAAGCCACCGUCACCUACAACGAGGACCUGGGCUGCUUUAGGCUGCAUCCCAGCACACAGGUUUCUGUGAGUGAUGACUCGCAACCAUCCGGGAGCUCAACAGACACCUCCACCACCCGGAGGAGGAGAGGAGGUCGGGCAGGAGGAGGAGGGCUGGACGCUCUGAGCUCGCUACCCUAUGAGGUGCUGUGCCACAUGGCCAGUUUCCUGGACAGUCUGUCCCUGUCCCAGCUGGCUCUGGUGUCCCAGCUCAUGAGGGAGGUUUGCUCCACGCUGCUGCAGGAGAGAGGGAUGGUCACCCUCCAAUGGGAGAGGAAGACCUACUCACACGGAGGAGCCAAGUGGAAGGUGAAGCAGAAGGUCUGGCAGUUCAGCACCUUGUUCUCUCCUGUGGACACCUGGUGCUUCCGAGAUGAUCCGUCCAUGUCGGAGCACCUGAAGACGUGUCCCUACUAUGAGAGAGAGUCCAGAACAGAUCGGGUUCUCCUGCCGCGUAUUAGAGAAGAAGUCAAAACCAACACACACUGCAAAGGUCCCACUCUGGUUACCGUGUUCCAGCAGAGGAGGAUCAUGAUGUAAAGGUCAUAAUAUACAGAGAAAAUAUGUGUUUUCAGCCUGGAUUUGAGACUCUCAACAGAACUUGCCUCCCUAAUUUUUUUGUUAAAUCGAGGAAUAAGCAUGAAGAGAAUGCAAAAGACGUGAUGGAGUAUAUGGAGUAAUAAGGCUGGAGACAUACGAAGGAGCCAAUCCUUUUAAAUUCUUAUAAGUAAUUUAGCUCUUGCUUGAAUUGGUAGCCAAUGCAAAGACAUCAGGAAAGUUUUAUGAUCCAACUUCUUAGAUCCUGUGAGGACUCUUUAUUUCACAAAACAGUGAAGUAAUGUUAUUAACUGACAAGAUGUUAUUAAAUGGCCAGUGUUAAAUAAAAAAAUCCCAAAUGUUUAACCCUGUAGAUAACAUUAUCUUACACAGUUUAUAGAAAGUGGGCCCUUAUAUUGGAGCUCAAAGCUGCUGGUGUGUGAUUCUUUUUAUGUCCAACCUGAUGCCCCUAAAAAUGUCUGCCAACUUUUUGUUAGUCUUUGCCUCACAAUCACCAAAAGAUGAAUAAAUUGAGAGAAUAAAUCACAAUGUUUGUCAGUCCUGGUCCCAUGAGGUAGAAAACAGAAUCAAUGGAGUCAUAUUUCACCAGUAGAAACACAUCGCUGCCUCCCUCUAGUGGUCCCUGCUGGUGUU